AUGGCGACCCAGACCGGCGUGAAGGAAGAGGCCCCGCUGCAGAUGAAGGCGGUGAUCGAGCCGCAGUGGACGCGUUUCCUCGCGGGUGGCGCGGCGUCGGCAACCGCCGAGCUGCUAACGCUGCCCAUCGACAUCACGAAGGUGCGGCUGCAGACGCAGCGCUCCGGCCCGACGGCGGGUGGCAAGCCGGCUGUGCACUACAAUGGCAUGCUCCACGCGGCGCAGACAAUGAUCAAGCAGGAGGGGCCCGCGUCGCUCUGGAACGGAGCCACGCCCGCGCUGUUGCGUCAGGUGUCGUACACGAGCAUCUGCAUGGUGCUUUACGAGCCUCUGCGAAACUUCUUCGGAGCCAACGCAGCGCAAGGAGCGAACGGGGAAGUCCCAUUCAUCAACAAGUUCCUGGCUGGAGGCUGCGCCGGCGCCAUUGGUAUCAGCAUUGCCAACCCUGUUGAUGUGAUCAAGGUGCGCAUGCAGGCUGACCGCUCGGGCAAGCUUUACCGUGGAGUGGGCGACGCCUUCACGAUGAUCUACCAGCGAGAAGGACUGCGCGGGUUCCUCCGCGGCAUGCCGCCGAACAUUCAGCGCGGCUUCAUCGUGAACGCUGCCGAGCUGGGCACGUACGACCACAGCAAGGAGCUCCUGAUCUCGUCUGGGCUGCUCAAGGAGGGCGUGCUGGCGCAUACCGGUGCCAGCUGUGUGGCGGGCUUCGCUGGUGCGGCCGCAUCCAACCCCAUCGACGUGGUCAAGACCCGGUUGAUGAGCCAGCCGACGGACGCGAGCGGCAAGGGUCUGCACUACAAGGGCAUGGCGGACUGUGUGCGGAAGACUUUCCAAGAAGGUGGUCUUGGCGCCUUCUACAAGGGCUUUAUUCCCAACUGGAUGCGCAAGGCGCCGUGGUGCGUCGUGUUCUUCGUCACGUACGAGAAGUACCGUGCGGCGCUCACGCCCAGCGACGAGGAGCUAUAG